GAAGAAGAAGACAAUUCUCACAAGGGUCGGCUAGCCGGUUGACUGCAAUCUGUCAGAGCCCUGAUAUUGUACGAACACCUCUUAAGCUUAAAAAGCAGAAACCCGCGUGCUGACCAGCUUCAUGCCACGCGAAAUUAAGGGACGAGGCUAUGCAGGUUCUCGCUCAACCCAGCCGCCAGUGCCGACCUGCAGCCCAGAGACUGAGGAGACGCUCCUGCUGGACGUGAAUCCGGUGGUGCGGUGCCCGCUGCUGCUUCUCAACCUGAUGCUGUGGUUUGCGGGUGCUUUCCUCAUGCUGGGUGCAGUUGUGAUGUUAGUGGAGUCGUGGGACACGGAGGAGGACGAGCGCAUCCUGCAACAACUGGAUAUUUCCGGAAUGCUGCUGUCGCACAUGGAAGUGCUGCUGUUCGCGUUCGGACUUUCACUGUUCACGAUCAGUUCAUGCGGCUGUGUCGGGGCGCUACGCGAGAACACCUUCCUGCUCAAGAUGUACUCACACGCACUAACCCUUCUCAUCGUCAUCAGCUUCGUGCUCGGCGUACUGGUGUUCUUCGUGCCCGGCAGCAUCAAGACCGUAAUAACGACCACCAUGUCCGAUAGGCUGGUGGUUCACUACCGUGACACUCAGGACAUACAGCACUUCGUCGACGCAAUACAGCGCUACCUCAAGUGUUGCGGCAUGACACAACGAAACUUUCGCGACUGGGACAAUAACAUCUACUUCCAUUGUGACGUGACCAACCCGAGCCACGAGCGUUGUUCGGUACCACCGUCAUGCUGCCGACCCGAAUCAGCUUUCACGGGCAUCUUCUGUGGGCGCAGCGUGCUGAACCUGUCCGACCAUGACGCUUGGUUCCGUGUCCACAUUGGAAACUGUCCGGACGCGACAAACCGAUACGUGAAGGAGCAUGUCAUGGUCAUCGGAGGCGUCUGCCUCAUCGCCGUCAUUGUGCUGGCGUUCGUCGACAUGGUCACGAACGCCGUAAUUGACGAGAUCGAUAUCAUCCGCAAGAUAUAUGAUCAUGUCAGGGGUGCCCCCUCUGGGAUGUCAAUUGCCUUAACGUCCUAAGCAGCAACACUAAGCGAGCUUUGUUUGUAGGAUACAACGCAAUAAUUACUGUGACGUAAAAUAUUUGAUGAUGCCUACAAAGAAGCAAUACAUAUUUUCAACAACACACCUGCGCUCAAAAGUAAAACAGACAUCUUAAGCACUGGCACAGCGACAGUGAGAGGGAAUUAAUUGGUAGUGAGCUGGCAUUGCAUUCUAUAAAUAGCAGAUAUCUUUGUGCAACAGUGGGACCGUUGCCUAUGCUCUCUGCUGCAUACUUCAGGUCGCAGUGGCAAUUGAAUGACGCCACUUGCAUGAGAUGACCCUACAUCGAAAACACUUGACGAAAAAGGGUAAGGGCACAGAUGAGCUUGGAAUACUUUUCCAGGUUUCUCUCAUCCUCUACCAGUCGUCUUCUGAAAAUCUGACUAACACCAACUUCCUAUUUUAAUGACGUCCAUAACUUUAUUACCUGCGUAAUGUUAUGCAGCCUGUUUGUUGCUUGACGAUGCUUGACGAAGCUUAUGACGGCUUUAGGAAAGAGAGCAACAGCUGAGUGGUUGCCCCCAAGGAAAGAGAAGCCCCAGCAUAAAUCCGAAUGCGAAAUGGCAUAUAAAGAACUUAUUAGCAGUUUCCUGGCACCUUCGGCACACGCGUCAGUUCAUAGAUAGCUACUCCAACAUAGGCCGUAAUUUGAAAUAGCGCUCUGACGAACGUCCCAGAGGGCUCUUGAUACCUCGACUCAUUUGCAUUUUCUUGUUUAGCAUAUUGUAUGCAAUUUAGCUUUAAAUUCCAGAAUAUAUAUGUACAUGCUGUUAAA